GUUACCAAUCUUGCAGCAUCAUCAUAUUACUUUAGCUGCCUUUACUCUUUGAUUCCAGAACCCCGUUUGAGCUAAUUAAUGGCAUCCGUGGCUCCAUUGAAAUCCCAAUUUCUGAUAAACCCAUUGAAUCAAUCCCAGCUUCCAGCAUCCAAAAACUUGUCUCUAUUGAGCCGCCGCAACCGCCACCGCCACCGUAACACAGGUGCUUCCACUAGACAUGCUUCCUUAACAGUCCAAGCUGCCAAGCUCCCUGCUGGAGUGGUGGUGCCGAAAGCAGAGCCUAAGUUCAAGCCCCCGUUUCUUGGGUUCACCAAAACUGCUGAAAUUUGGAACUCGAGAGCAUGCAUGAUGGGGCUCAUUGGAACUUUCAUUGUAGAACUUAUAUUGAACAAGGGGAUACUGCAACUUAUUGGUGUGGAAAUCGGAAAAGGACUUGAUCUUCCGCUCUGAAGACAUUUACUUUUUUGAAUUUUCAUCUAUCAUUUACUUAAUCAACACUGUAAAUUUUAUUUACCAGUUUUGCAUGUCUAUUCGCCACUUGAAGUUGAUAAGCUAAAGUCGGAUCAAUGAUAGUCUCGAGUCUCGACUCUUGAGACGUACCUAAUUGACCAAGUAA